AUGGCUUCUGACGCCCCCGAGGAUUUGCCCGUCCGGCCUGCCGACGAGGCUCAGGGCACUUCUCAGCCUGCCGCUGCCCCGCCAAAAGACGCCAAAGCGAAGAGCGCCCCUCCUGCCGAUAACCUCCCCCAGUGGCUGAUUGAGCGUAACGAGCUCUUCGAGCAGCUUUGGCAAGAACAUCUUGAGGAGACCAAGAACCGCCCUCACCCCGAAAUCAAUGUUACCCUCGACAUUGGCGACGGCAACCCCACCUCCGUCCCCGCGAAGGCAUAUGAAACCACCCCCGGAUCUUUCUUGCGCGAUGUUCCCAAGGAUGUGAGCGCCAAUGUGGUUAUCGCGAAGGUGAAUGGCGAACUCUGGGAUUUGAACCGCCCUCUGGAAGGUGACUGUAAGGUUCUUUUGGUACCUUUCAGCAACCCGGAGGCCCGUGAGGUGUUCUGGCACUCCAGUGCCCACACUCUCGGCGAGGCUUGCGAGUGCGAAUUCGGCUGCCUCUUGUCCCAUGGCCCCCCUACUCCCCAGGGUUUCUUCUACGACAUGGCCAUGCCUGAUGGACGUGUCGUCCGCGAGGCCGACUGGAAGCCUCUUGAUACCCGUGCCGGAAAGAUUUUUAAGGAAAAGCAAAGCUUCGACCGUUUGGAGGUGUCCAAGGAGAAUUUGAAGAAAAUGUUCUCUUACAGCAAGUACAAACUCCACUACAUCGAUAAGCUGGUCACCGGCGAGUCAUCUACAGUAUACCGCUGCGGUACACUGGUUGAUCUGUGCCGUGGUCCACACAUCCAGAACACUGGCAAGAUCAAGACCUUCAAGAUCAUGCAGAACUCCUCUGCCUACUUCCUCGGUGACCAGACCAACGACUCCUUGCAACGUAUCCGCGGUGUCGCAUUUCCGGACAAGAAACAGAUGGCCGAGCAUCUCCGAUUCUUAGAAGAGGCCGAAAAGCGCAAUCACCUGCGCCUGGGUAAAGAGCAGGAGCUGUUCUUCUUCGAUGAGGUUUCCCCUGGUUGCCCCUUCUUGCUUCCCGCCGGAACCAAGAUCUUCAACGCUCUGCAGUCUCUUCUUCGCACCGAGUACCGCAAGCGCGGAUACCAAGAGGUCCAGACCCCCAACAUGUAUGACGUUGGUCUUUGGAAGCAAUCCGGUCACUGGGCUCAUUACAAGGAUGAUAUGUUCAAGUUGGAUGUUGAGAAGCGUGAAUGGGCUCUCAAGCCUAUGAACUGCCCGGCACAUUUCGUCCUGUUCGGUCACCGCGAGCGUAGUUACCGCGAAUUGCCCAUGCGCAUUGCAGACUUUGGUGUUCUGCACCGUAACGAGGCCUCGGGUGCUCUCAGCGGUCUGACCCGUGUACGCAAGUUCCAGCAGGAUGAUACGCACAUUUUUUGCACUCAGGACCAAAUCAUGUCCGAGAUUGAAGGCCUCUUCGACUUCCUGAAGUGUAUCUACGGUUUAUUCGGCUUCGAUUUCAAACUCAAGCUCAGUACCAGACCAGAAAAGUAUUUGGGGGCCCUAGAGACCUGGAACGAAGCUGAAGACCAGCUGAAGAGGGCCAUGACCAAAUUUAAGGGCGAUGACUGGACCAUUGACGAGGGCGAUGGUGCCUUCUACGGACCCAAGAUCGAUAUCACCAUUGCUGACGCUCUCAAGCGUGAAUUCCAGUGUGCGACAAUCCAGCUUGACUAUUCAGCCCCGAUUCGAUUCGAUUUGCAGUACAUGGAUAACCAGUCCGCCGCGAAGACCGAGAAGACCGAGAAGACCGAGAAGACCGAGAAGACCGAGAAGACCGAGAAGACCGAGAAGACCGAGAAGACCGAGAAGACCGAGAAGACUGAGAAGACCAAAAAGACCGAAAAGACCGAGAAGUCUAAGGAGACCGAGCAGAAGGAGGUCAAGCCCACCGAACCUGGCCCUGGCCGUGCUCGCCCCGUUGUCAUUCACCGUGCCAUUAUCGGCUCCUUCGAGCGUUUCCUUGGCAUCCUGAUCGAACACUUCGGUGGCAAGUGGCCCUUCUGGAUCAGCCCCCGCCAGAUUCUGAUCGUUCCCGUCAUGCCGGCUGUCAACGAUUACGUUGAGGAAUUGCAGCAGAUCCUCCAGGGGGAUAAGCUGAACGUCGAUAUCGAUAUCAGCGGUAAUACAAUGGCAAAGAAAAUUCGGACCGGUCAAAUUAACCAGUACAAUUUCAUUUUCGUGGUGGGAGCAUCAGAGAAGGAGUCUCGCACUGUGAAUAUCCGGAACCGCGAUGACCCGGCGAGUCAGACCAAGGGAACGGAGGUUGCGCUACGACGAGGCACGAAUGAAGCUCCGUGCUUUGCGCAAGGAGCGUAG